AAAGAAAAUAACUGGAAUCUCUGUGUUUCACUUUUGCUUCCCAGUUUCCUUUGCGUAGAAAAAUCGGCUGAGGAAGAGAAGUUUAUUGGUCAAUGGUGGUGUCUCUGCCAUAUUUCUCCUUGAUUCUGUCAAGAUUGUUUUCGAUUUCUUUAUUUCAAAGCCAAGAGAGAGAAAACGAAUCGACGGAAGACCAAAAUUAAAAAAAAGAAAAGGGGGAAAGGUCUUGAAUCAUCUUCUUCCGAGAUGAAAAAGAAUACCACUUGUAUGUUUUAGGGGACAUCUUCUCUCACUCUCUCUCUCUCCUUCCUUUUCGUCGUUCCUGGAGUUGCUUGUUGUUGCCCUAGAUCUUGUUGAGGAUCAAGCUGGAUCCUUGAGAUCUGGGUUCCGACAAAGAUUCCGACCUUCUGUGUUCCACCAUUCCGAUUCAGCUGGAUUUUUCAGGCUUCCUGAUGUUAAAAGAAGUGUAAAGAGGUAAAGAUUCAAACUUUGAUGCAUUUCGAUUAAGAUCAAAGGUGGGUCGGGACAGGACAGCUUGGCAGCUUCGAUGGGCGAUACGCAGCACUUGUCUGGGCCACGCCACCGUUCUUCUCUGAAGAAGCCCUUAUGGAUCGUUGUGUUAGUUUCAAUCACAAGUGUACUUCUGGUAUGUGCUCACAUGUUCCAGCAACACAGCAGAAGCCCAUGUCAUGGUCUGUCUUCCAGAGGAUGUCAAGCUCUAUCAGGUUGGCUUCCGGUUCACGUGAGGAAAUACACGGAUGAGGAGAUAGCUGCCCGUGCAGUGAUCCGAGACAUCUUGAGAACGCCUCCCGCUAUAACUAAAAGCUCAAAAAUCGCCUUCUUGUUCUUAACUCCGGGUUCUUUGCCAUUUGAGAAGCUCUGGGAUAAGUUUUUCGAGGGGCACGAGGGAAAGUUCUCUGUAUACAUACAUCCAUCGAAGGAAAGACCAGUUCAUAUCAGCCGUUACUUUUCUGAUCGCGAAAUCCACAGUGACCAGGUAAUAUGGGGAAGGAUUUCGAUGGUUGAUGCAGAGAGGCGGCUUUUAGCUACCGCUCUUGAAGAUCCUGACAAUCAACACUUUAUUCUUCUCUCAGAGAGCUGUAUACCGAUUCAUACUUUUGACUACACCUACCGAUACUUGAUUUACGCAAACGUUAGCUUCAUCGACUGUUUUGAGGAUCUAGGUCCACACGGGACAGGCAGGCACAUGGAACACAUGUUACCUGAAAUCCCCCGGGAAGAUUUUAGAAAGGGUGCUCAGUGGUUCACAAUGAAGCGACAACAUGCUGUGAUAGUGAUGGCCGAUAGUCUCUACUAUGCGAAAUUCCGAGAGUACUGCAGGCCUGGCGUGGAAGCAAACAAAAACUGCAUAGCCGACGAGCAUUACCUCCCGACGUUCUUCCAUAUGCUCGAUCCUGCGGGAAUUUCAAACUGGUCAGUGACUUACGUCGACUGGUCAGAAAGAAGGUGGCAUCCGAAGACGUACAGAGCUCGAGAUAUUUCCUACGAAUUCUUCAAAAAUCUCACGUGGGACGACAUGAGCGUCCAUGUUACAAGCAUGGGCAAGCAUGGGGAUGAGCUUCGAUGGCCAUGCACAUGGAACGGAAUAAGAAGACCCUGUUAUCUCUUCGCUAGGAAGUUCCACCGGGACGCUCUCAACCCACUGGUUAGCCUCUUCCCUAAUUUCACCGGCACGCUAUGAUCUGAGAUAACCGGACCGAAUCUUGAACCGAACCUCCCGACCAUUCUUGGGGACCCGACAAUUCCAGAUCGCUCUUACUGUAAAUUUAUAAUGAAAUUGGAUGUCUCGGGUUGACGGGGAAGCUUAGGCAAGCCUGAUUAUCAUGUAGGAUGCAACCGGAGGGGAUAGUUUUGGUUAAGGAUUUUGGUAUUUGACAUUUUUGUGUAUGGUUCGGUUUGGUACCCGUUUAUGUUUUCAUUGGUAUCUACAGAGAAUGUCAUGAUACUCGGGAUUCUUAGGAAUAUGGAUACAGCUCAGAGUUAGAAUACGGUUUUAUUAUUCAGAUAUAAAGUAUGUAUUUUUUUUUGUUUU